AUGAAACUUCUUCUUUUUUUCGGCCUAGUUCUCUCUUCCUACGCUGACCCUCUCUACCGCCUCUUCCUUCCGGACCUCCAGGAUCCACCUCAUCCACUCAUAGAAGACCUUCUUUGCCAUCCCCUUUUCUCCAGACUCCACCGUGUCGCUCAGCUCUCCUCCCUCAAGUUUUUUUUUCCCCAUGGCAACAUCCAUAGGGCUGCCCAUUCCAGAGGUUCUUCUAUUGCCGCUUCCAUAUACAUCAAUGCUCUCAACCAGAACUCUCCUCCGACUUCCCGUAUCUCUCCUCUCCAAUCUCUUGCGGUUCAGGUUGCUGCCCUUCUCCAUGAUAUUGGCCAUGGCCCCUACUCUCAUGUCUUCCAACGAGCCUAUUCCUCCCAUUGCCCUCCCCUCAAACCCUGGUCUCAUGAGCUUCAGUCUACUCGAAUUGCAUGCCAUCUUUUUAACGAGCUUCGUCUUGUUUCUAAGUACAACCUCCCUAACGACUUUUUGUAUGCCGUCUGUGAUAUGAUCCUAGGAAUCUCCCCGAGGCGGCAUGCUCGCAAAUACGGUGCAUCUUCUCAUUUCAGCUCUUAUGUUAUUUUCACCAUUGUCAAUGGUGAUCUUCAAGAUUCUCUAGAUGUGGACAAGUUCGACUACAUGAGACGGGAUUCUCGAAUGUGCUGCCACCCCUCCUAUGCUCGCAUUGUUGACAACGCCGUUUGUGAAAUCAUCCUUAACUCGCGUAUUCUCAACGAUCGUAUUGUUUACUCCUCUCGUGCAGCACCUGCUCUUGCAGUUUUUGCCCAUUGUGUUUACCUCAAUUACCGCUACCUUUACUAUCAUCCCCAUGCCCAUGGUCUUAACCUACUGAUCCACCGCAUCUUCGAAGAACUCAUACCCCGGCACCCUCAUCUUUUCAACCUUCGAGAUCUCCAUGCCUUUUUGGCUCUUGAUGACAACCUCCUUGAUGGUUUCUCCGACAUCCAUCCAGACCUACAGUCCCUUAUUGGAAGGUUCCAUGCCAGGAUUCCUUACCUCUUUCUUGCUUACAGAGACCUUCCCGACUCUUCUGCCCUUAAUAAUGCCAAACAAGCCUUCCUCCAUGCUCUCCGAGAUUCCCCUUACAUUCAACCAUACGACUACGUUCUUGAUUCUUGCCACUUCGCUCAUAUUAUUAGAAAUCCUCUGCACACAAAUAUCUUACGCCGUGUUGUUUUUUAUGACCUUUCCGACCCCGAGGAGUCCUUCUUUCUCUUCCAACCCUACCUUCAGGACCUUCUAAAUUCCUCUCCCUCCGAGCUCUUUUUCUCAUCUAAAGAAAUCUAUUACUCUUUUGCUGUUCCCUUCCAUGAGACUUGUAUUCAACUUAGGCUCUAUUGUACGUCACAAGAUCCUAAAAAAUCUGCCCUCCUUCUUGAAAUUUUCAACCACGCUCUUCCUCUUGAUUAA